AUGGCACAAUGCUAUCUGUGUGUUGCCUUGGCUGAUGAGAGGUAUCGUAAGAAUCUUCAGGUCAUCUCUCAUUCUGCUCCACCCAAGCAGUCUACUUUGCCACAAGGAUCUGAACUAUACUCCGGUGGAAAUUGCACUGAGUGCUCAGUCAUGCACAGACCUAUGGAACCACAAGUCCAGUGGUCUCACUUAGCUGCUCUAAAGAGUAACUCAUCUGCACCCCCUGUGUCUCGCUCCCAGUCCUUCAGUGAUCCUGUUCCUAUUUUCGCACAGCUUCAUCUUCGCUCUCAGGACUCCUCUCACCAGCACCACCCAGUACACCCUUCAUACCCUGACCACUCUCAACAUGUUUCUAAAUCCAGGGGCCAUGAGCCCCCUGAGCAGACCCUUGAUGAAGAGUUGCCCCCGAGGGUGCCAGUAAGAACAACUUCUAGAUCUCCUGUGUUAUCCCGUCGAGAUUCUCCACUACAGACUGGGAUGCAUAACAACCAAACUGGACAGAGGAAUGCUGGAAUUAGUAACAUGGAGCCACGUCUGCUGUGGGAGCGGGUUGAACAGCUCUCAUCUAGACCAGGUAGUGGGAGUUCGUCUGGCUCCAGUAACUCCAGUUCUCAAACUGGAUCACAGGCCAGCACAGGGGAGAUGUUCAGGGCUCGUUCCUCUUCAAAGUCUGAGGGUUCACCAGUGCAGCUGCCAGAGAUUGCUGGGAAUAAGUCUGGAAAGAAGAAAGAGUUUGUAAGACCAACUAGACAUGCUGAUCUUACUGCUCUGGCCAAGGAGCUGCGUGCAGUGGAGGAUGUGCGACCUCGUCAUAAGGUGACAGAUUACUCCUCGUCGAGUGAAGAUUUAGAUUCAGAUGUAGAUGAUGAUGUGGUGGAGCUGGAGCAGGGUGAUGUAUCCACUUCAGGAGCAGAGGAAUCAAGGCCAUGCUCAUCAAAAUUGAAUAAUGAAAAAGAGUUGGCGAAAACCAUGCUUGUUCAUGAUGAAUCAGAGAGUGAUCCAGCCGCAACCACACCUAGCAAAGAUCUAACUUUAAUCGUUAGACAGAGCAUAGCUGAGAGAAAGCAGUUGCGUCCCAUUCCUGAGUCCAUUCUGGAUCCAGGUUUGGGCUCAUCACACAGUCAAAGUCACCAGGAGAGAAACUGCUAUGCAGGCCGCAUUCACCUGUUGCCUGAUCUCAUCCAGCAGAGCCAUCACUCCACAUCAUCCUCCCCCUCAUCCAGUCAUGACAGCCCAUCCAUGUCCCCCCAGAUCCCCAUGGACAUGUUGAUAGUCAGUGAGACACAGUCUGCCAGCAACACACUUCAAAAACACAAUUCUUCUUCCUCUUUUACCCCAUUUAUUGACCCACGUCUUCUACAGAUUUCCCCUUCCAGUGGCAGUUCCCUCAACAACAUGGGCUUUAGUAAUGAAGGACGUCUGCAGGACCCAUGCCGCAAGGGCUCUGUGGUGAAUGUAAACCCUGUAAACACUCGCCCACAGAGUGACACACCAGAAAUACGCAAAUACAAAAAGAGGUUCAACUCUGAGAUUCUGUGUGCUGCACUUUGGGGAGUAAAUCUGUUGGUAGGAACUGAAAGUGGCCUCAUGCUUCUUGAUCGUAGUGGGCAGGGGAAAGUUUAUCCACUCAUUAACAGACGUCGUUUUCAACAAAUGGAUGUUCUUGAAGGCCUUAAUAUUCUAGUGACAAUAUCAGGAAAGAAGAACAAACUGCGAGUUUAUUAUCUGUCAUGGCUUAGGAACAAAAUUCUGCAUAAUGACCCUGAGGUGGAAAAAAAACAGGGUUGGACUACAGUGGGGGAGCUGGAAGGAUGUGUGCACUACAAAGUCGUUAAAUAUGAAAGAAUCAAGUUCUUGGUUAUUGCCUUGAAAAAUUUAGUGGAAGUGUAUGCUUGGGCACCAAAGCCAUACCACAAGUUUAUGGCCUUUAAGUCAUUUGGAGACCUGGUCCACAAGCCUCUCUUAGUUGAUCUGACUGUGGAAGAGGGUCAAAGAUUAAAGGUCAUUUAUGGCUCCAGCUCUGGUUUUCAUGCUGUAGAUGUGGAUUCAGGGGCAGUUUAUGACAUCUACCUUCCCACACAUAUUCAAACGAAUAUUCAGACCCACGCCAUCAUCAUCCUCCCGAACACAGAAGGCGUUGAGCUAUUGGUGUGCUAUGAGGAUGAAGGCGUGUAUGUAAACACUUAUGGGAGGAUCACAAAAGACGUGGUGCUGCAGUGGGGUGAGAUGCCCACCUCUGUGGCUUACAUCAGAUCAAACCAGAUCAUGGGCUGGGGGGAGAAAGCUAUCGAGAUUCGUUCUGUGGAGACUGGUCACCUGGAUGGUGUGUUCAUGCACAAGAGGGCACAACAGUUGAAGUUUCUCUGUGAAAGAAAUGACAAGGUUAGAAAAUUCACACAAAAUGAGGCAAAAAAAAUAUUAUGGCAUAUUUUAUGGAACCAAAAUUCAGCAUCCAACUCACUUUCAUGUCAUUCCAAACCUUUAUGACUUGUCUAUUUUACAGUGCAGAAAGAUAAGAAUGUCUGCCACAGAUAUUCUUGUUAUACCAAUGUCACAUUAAAAUAGCAACAUUUUCCUGACAGAUACAAAUAGACUAUAAUGGAAAAUUUACAGCUCAUUCAAACUUGCAGACAAAGAAUAUUUGUGGCUCAGCCUUUUUAUACCACAGAGCAUUUC